ACACAGGAGGAAAUGACGUUGCUGGUGAAAUGAAAAGUAAAAGGAUGACGGACACCAGCUUUAGCUAGAGUACACUUCACAAAGUCUCGGUGAAAAAUAACAGAAAUGGCUUCUGCCACGAGUCUGGUUAGUGAUGAGACUUUGUGUUGUCCUAUCUGUCUGGAUGUGUUCACUAAGCCUGUGUCGAUCCCCUGUGGACACACCUUUUGUAACGACUGUAUAACAAGGCACUGGGCAACAGGUGAAGUGCUGUUUGAUUGUCCACUUUGCAAAGAACAAUUUCACUCCAAACCAAUGCUUCGGGUCAACAUUUUUAUUGCUGAGGUGGCAGAGAAGUUUAGAAAAAAGGUUGAAACAGUGUCUAACAGUAUCCCAGAACAAGCGGAAAGGGGAAACGUCCUCUGCAGUAACUGCCCAGUGCCAAAGUCCAUGGCUAUAAAGUCUUGUUUAGUGUGUUUCAUGUCUUUCUGUCAGACUCAUCUGGAGCCUCAUCUGAAAAUCUCAGCCUUAAAGAGACACAAGUUAAUCCCCCCAGCACGUAACCUAGAGAGCAGGAUAUGCAGGAACCAUUUGGAACCCUUGGAAUUUUUCUGCAGGGUGGAUCAAAUGUUCCUUUGUGCGUCCUGCAGACAUGAAGAGCAUAAAACACACAAGACAGUAACUCUAGAAGAGGAGGCUCAGACCAGAAAAAAACAGCUGGGGAUGGAAAAGGAUUGUGCGGAUCAGAUGAUCCAAGACCGUCAGCAAAAAAUUCGUGAGAUUCACUGCUCACUGGAAGCAAGCAGAAAAAAUGCAGAGGAAGCACUGUCAUGCAGCAGUCACGUGAUGGCUGCUGUAGUGGAUUAUGUUAAGAGAGGCCACAACGAACUCAGAGAGGUCACAAACACAAAACUGAAGAGAAAGGAACAAGAAGCAAAUGAGCUUAUUAAAGAACUGGAUGCAGAAAUGAAAGAAAUAAAGCAGAAAAACUUACAGCUCAGUCAAUUUUCUGUGACUGAUGACUGCUUCACAUUCCUGGAGGAUGCUCUUUCUUUCACAAUGUCUCUUCCGGAGGUGAGGGACUGGUCUAAUGUGAUGCUUGAUGUUGACCCAUUUGCUGUUCAGGAAAAUCUGACUGAAUUGAAGAAGUCAGUUACAGCUAAAACAAAUAAUCUGUGUGAUCCUAACUUUAGAGAAAGGCAGCGGUAUGCUGUGAAUGUCACAUUCGAUCUCAACACAGCAAACCCUCUCCUCAGUGUUUCUGACGACGGGAAGCUAGUUGCACUCAGGAACAGAAAGAGGCAGGUCCUGAACAAACCGGAGCGGUUUGAUUCUGUCCUUAAUGUUUUGGCAAAUGAAGGAUUCUCGUCAAGGAAAUUCUACUAUGAGGUUCAGGUGAGAGGUAAAACGCAGUGGGAUUUAGGAGUGGUGCGAGAGUCCAUCAACAGGAAAGGGGACAUCAGACUGAGCCCAAAGAAUGGAUACUGGACAGUCUGCUUGAGAGAAGGAAAAGAAAUCACAGCCAAUGCAGGACCUGCCAUCAGCCUGCAUGUGAGACAGUUACCUCAAAAGGUCGGCGUGUUUGUGGACUAUGACGGGGGUGAGGUGUCCUUCUAUGAUGCGGAUGCAAGGGCUAACAUUUUCUCCUUUAUGGGAUGCGUCUUCACCGAGAAGCUCUUCCCGUUCUUCAGUCCCUGUGGCCUCGACGGAGGUAAAAACUCAGCUCCUUUGAUCAUCACUCCUGUCACAGACGAUAACUGAGGGAGGUUUUAAGAUGGUUCCAGGAGAGAGUUGUCAGAUCACAAGCAUUUAAUUCUGUUUCUUCCAUCGUCAGAGUUUUGUCACUAUAUGUUGCUGGUCAAACAGACAUUGAUUAUUCUGUGUUAUCAUGUGAGCUGUUGCUAAGGAAUGUUUGUGCAGCUAUAAUGUUAUACUUUUACGUCAUUGAAUUUUUUAAUUUUCAAUUAGCAUAACAAGUAAAAACACAUGACUUUCGGUGUGAAACUUGAUGAAAAUAGUGGUCACUGUUUCAGGUUUCAGGGACAGAUUCAUCCUUCUUUCCACUGAAAGUGGCGUGUAAUGUAAUGGUGGUGUUUUACCCACAAGCUCAUUCCCAACCAGGAGUGAUCCUGAAGCAAAACGGAAGCAAAAGCUUCCGCUGUGGCCUUCAUUGGCAGUGCUCUGAUGAAGGCCACGGCAGAAGCCGUAACAUGUCAGCGAAUGUAAAAACAAGCCCCAUUUACUCUGUGUAAAGAACCAGAAUAAAUAGAAUCAGAUUAGAAUCACAUAAUGAUUGUAACAAAGAUGUUCAAAGAAGAAAAAGAGCAAAGGCAUUCCACGCAGCUGAUCCUGUGAGGUCACAAAAUCACGAGAGAAUUGUAACAUCACGUGUGAUUUCAGAAGUCCACACAAUAAAAAGCAAGGGGAAAGACAGCUGUGUGUCUCCAAAAAGGGUUGUGGUUUAUUUCCUGAUCUGUUUACAUCGGUUACAGAAGUUUCACAGGAAAUAGUGUACUGCACGUCACUUUUAUUUUGAAGUUUCCAGAUGUUUUACACUAACUUGUGUUUGACUUCCUGUCUGGCGAGAUCUAAACUGGGGAGUUUUGAAGUGUUUUGGAAACGUAGCAUGUAAAAAAAUAGACUCAAAGCUUAAUGACAGCAUUGCUUUGCUUCUGGGACACGUCCAAAAUGUUACACUUGGCUGCCGGUGGAAAGGAACUCAUCACUGAUAUCUGGGUAGCGUUUUGCUGCCGUUUCACGGCACUUUCACGUCAGGUAGAAAGAAGAGCUCACAGUAAAUUUGUGGCAACUGCUAUAAAUAUUCAACAUUUAAAUCCUCAAGAUGUUCAUCUAAAGGUGCAUUUAUAAUGAUUAGUUUUCCUAAAGAUGUAUCAGAUGAUUAGAGCAUGCCUGACUUCAGAUAUUGGUUUUCAAGUUCUGCUGUAUAAAUAUUAAAUUUAAACACAUUGGGAGCUUUUAUUUAUUAGAAAUCAAGGUACUUUUUGUUCCACAGCAAAAUAUUUCAAAGAUUAAACACAUAUUUAGUGACAGCAUAAUGUGUGUUCUUUAAUAUGUUGUUAAAAUUUUACUCUAAAAAGAAUCUGAACUUCAAAGACAACUUUUUAAUUGAUUUAUAAAUUCUUAAAGUAAUAAUUUAGAAAAACUACCAGGUAAAAUAUGCAGUUAUGAUUUUUAAUAAUCCACUGAAAAGCAAUUUUACCUUGAUGCUUAUGUGCUUUUGUAACUAAAUGUUAAGAAAAUGUUAUGAUUGUACUUAUUAAAAUGCUUAACAGUUAAACAUGUGAA